UGUCGCGACGUCCAACCAGGAUCCGCACCCGCCGACCUGCGAGCGAUUCUCGGCGCUGCUGCGACUGUGCUGCCGUGAAACGCGCUGCUGCACGAGCGACAUACCCGUCGCCCACCUCCGUCUCCGUCUGCUCCCCGCCCUGACAUCGAUGCUCACCAGCACCUCCGCGUAGAGCACACCCGCCCGCCGUUGCCCUCGACGACACCAUUGCACCAACGUUACCCGCCGCGCGACGAGGGCCGAGACGGAGCUGCGGUGGACUAAGUGCUGCAGCUCCCGACUAUUGCUACGUCCGCCGUGGCCGCCACCACCACCAUGAACGGCGGCGGCAGCGGAGGGGCGUGGAGCUACGCCGUGCCCUUGGAGGAGACCGACGGUAAUGCACGACCACCCAAGUCCCGCUCGCCGCAGCGCAUUGAGCACGACUGGGACGAGAAUGCGGGUAAGGCGCUCGAUCGGCGCAGCAGCGCUUGGGACCUACAGAGCGAUUCGGAGACGGCCAAGCAGCGGAGGACAUCAGUGCGUGCUGUCAAUAGCACUGCAGUGCGGAAACGCUCUCGCAACACGCUGCGAGAAAACAAGCAGCAGCAGAGCGGUCCUGCUCCCAAGGCCAAGGGCAGUGGCCCGGGCAGCCCCUACACUCCCGACGACGAUUCAGCGUGGAUACACCGAGACAAGCUGGCCCAAAUCGAGAUUCAAGAGUUGGAGGAGGCGGGCAUAUACAUUCGCCCUUCGCGCCGCUCUCAGAGCUUGGGGCCCGGACGUGAGAAUGGCAGAAUGAGUCGGUCCAUGAGCCGAACGGGUUCUCGCAAACCACUCAAUGACCAGUCGAACCGCACGCAAUACGAUGAUGACUACGCCGCUGCAUAUCCAGCUCACGAGCACCAUGAGCGAACACCCAUCAGCAACGGUGUCACUCCUCUUGCGUCAACCCGUGAGACAACCUCACCCCAACACUCUCCACAGGCGUCACAACCUUCCACUGGACACGAUUCGUCCAUAAAUCGGCCGAGCAACGACCGCAACAAUCACGACUCGUCUCAGCCAUCGCAACAGGCACCGACAGGCAGACCGAGCACAUCGAGAAUACCAGUAUCGCGAAACACCCCAGUGCCCGUCCCUCACGAUGUGGUGGAGCGCGAUUCACCACUGCCGCGAAGUCGAGCAGGAUCUCAGACCUUAAGUGGCAGUUGGGACGAGGCGCAGUAUGCGAGGGCUCGCAGCGGUAGCGUGAGCAGUCAGAUGCUGCUCGAGUCGGACCAUGACCGGAAACGUAUCACGCCCCCCGAAGGCGCCAAUAAACUUGCCUCUGGGGAGGACUCUCCUCAGAAAGCGCGCGUGCCAAAGCAAACCCCGACAGGACGCAAAGCCUCAAACCCUUCGAGCAGUACUGCCAGGCCAGGAUCAUCGGCGGGAAAGCGCGUGACUUCAGGCUCUGCAACUCGUCGCCCUGGAUCGAGCUCCGGACACAAGUCUCGACCCUCCACUGGAGUCUUCACGCCGGAGGGCGAUCCGCCGUGGAUAGCAUCCAUGUACAAACCUGACCCUCGCUUGCCGCCUGACCAACAAAUGUUGCCCACCCAUGCGAAGCGAAUGAUGCAAGAACAAUGGGAGAAAGAGGGCAAGACCGGUACCGUAUACGACCGAGACUUCAAUCUUCUCAACGACGAGGAAUUGCGACCCAAGAGACCAAUCUCAGGCCAGCUAGACCUGAAUUCUCACGACCUGGAUCCAUCGAACGGUCUUGCGGCCGACACUACUUUUACCAAUGGAACCCCCUCCAACGACGCUUCGAACAGCAACGGCUGGCCAAUAGGUCUGAAGAGUGACAGUGGCAGUAUUCGUCACGGUAAUGGUGGGGGUUACAAGAUCACGCCCACGAUAUCCAGUGGACCUACAAUGCAAAGGCCCGGGACGUCUGAGCCAGCCCCGCCCCAAAGAAGCAGCACCGCUCAGGACCAACCCUUACGAGUACCAGAGCUGGACGAGAAAGAAGAACCCAAACCCAAGAAGGCAUGCUGCUGUGUUGUGAUGUAGCAUUGCCUGGACAGUCCCUAAGAUUUUCAUGUAUUUGUAUUGCGUUUUUUUUUAACGCUUACCCAGUGCGCAACAGGAACAUUUUCUUACCGUGUAGAUUUAACCACAGCCGCUUUGGCAGGCACAUAUCGAGAUCUCGCCAGGACAAAUGCAGCGGCAGCGAUUCAGGGGUGGAAAUGGUUGGGCACCGAACAUAAGAAUGAGCACACCGAUGUUUUCGGACAUAUCUGGGCGAUUGUGAUGCGGAACAUUCUGGUUUUGAUAG